AGUAUAAAUUAGUCAAUGAAAUAUCUAAAUUUUAAUGAACUUCGGAUUUCAUGUCAUAAUCAAAAUAUUGUAAAAAUUUUGGAAGUAAUUUUUAUAAUAAAAAAUUUAUUCAUUUAAAUUAUAAAUGAAAAAAAUUGUUUUGAGUUUCAUAUAUUUGACAUUUUUGAGUAGUCCAUGUCUUUCCCAUGAGGUGUUUAGUGGUGCAAAACCAGAACAUUGAGUAUCUUGAUCUUUCUUAUUGUUUAAAUUUAUUAUAUAUUUACUGAAUAAGCACUUUUUAUUAAAUCAACAUGCCGAAAAAUAAAGGAAAAGGAGGUAAAAAUAGGAGAAGGGGAAAAAACGAAAAUGAAACUGAAAAAAGAGAAUUAGUUUUUAAGGAAGAUGGACAAGAAUAUGCACAAGUCACAAAAAUGCUUGGUAAUGGAAGGUUAGAAGCAAUGUGCUUUGAUGGUGUAAAAAGAUUGUGUCACAUUCGUGGAAAAUUACGAAAAAAAGUAUGGAUUAAUCAAGGAGAUAUAAUAUUAAUUGGUUUGCGAGAUUAUCAGGAUGCAAAAGCAGAUGUUAUAUUAAAAUAUACAUCAGAUGAAGCUCGUAAUUUGAAAACAUACGGUGAAUUCCCAGAAACUGUUCGCAUUAAUGAUACUGUCACCUUUGUGGAGGAUGGUUUUGAUGAAGAUAUUGAAUUUGGUGAUGAAAUUAGUGAUGAUGAUGAAGAUGAUGUUGACAAUAUCUGAUGAUCUUCAGUAUAAAUAUACUUUAAAGAUAUGGUACAAGAGUGCAUGAAGACAUCUAUUUGUUUUACAAGAUAUUAUCAUUUGUUGUGUAAUUAAGAUAUUGAAAUUUUUUGAAAUAAGUAGUCAAUUUUCUGUAUCUAUAAAUAAAUUUUCACUUGUCUGUGUAA